CAUGAAACCACAAACUGCCUUCCAGACUCCUGUAAAUGCUCAACAGACUCAGACUUGUGACAGAGAGAGAUCCAGCAGCAGACCAACAUCGUCUCAGCUCUCAUGGCUGCUCUCAUCAUCCUGCUGUUCUUUCUGUCUGGAGCAGCUUCUGACCUACAUCUGCAAACAGUGAACCCUGGAGAGAAUGCCAUUCUGAAAUGUGACGCUGGCGAUGCCUCCAUCAAUGUUGUAGAGUGGACCAGAGAUGACCUGAAGUCAAAGUACGUCUUCUUAGUCGGCGAUGGACACCCUCAACCAAAUAAACAGCAUCCAUCCUUUAAGGACAGGGUGGAGCUGGAGGACAGGAAGAUGGAGAAUGGAGACGUCUCUUUAGUUCUGAAGAAUGUGAGCAGUGAAGACAGCGGAACAUACGAGUGUCGAGUUGCAACAGGUCGUUCAAGUCGUAGAAAGAGAGGCAUUGGCGGUAAGCCAAUCAACAGCAUCCAGCUGGAGGUUACAGAUUCACAGAAAGGAGACCCCGAGACUGAUGACCCCAAGACUGAUGACCCAGGGAAUGGAGACUUCACUCAUGUAGCCGUUGGACUGGGAGCAGCAGCAGGUGUUGUGGUGUGUUCUGUAAUAGUUGGACUUUUUCUUGUCUGGAAAUAUAAAAAACAUCUGGACCACAGAUCAGAACGUUCUGCUGUUGUUUAAGCAUCAGUCCUUCACGAUGUUAGCCUCCCGCUAACAUCGUGAAGUAAGCCAUAACGUCCACAUUGAAACUGAAAUAACUCUGGAUUCCUCCGGCGCGCGGUUGUGCAGCGGCUCUUGGCUCUCUCGUCUGGUGCCUUUUUGUUUGUAUAUUGUUACGUUUUUUGUGCUUUUCUGACGGGCUCUGCCAAGCACAGCUGGUGCACAGUCGGCUGGAGUUAAUCAACAUUGGACUACAAAGUAGUUCUCCAGUCACAAACUACUUUCAACAGAUGCACAAUAUCUAGAGGCUCUGACGGUCAUCUGCCGUCCGUUCUACCUACCCAGAGAGCUAACGGCAGUAGCUAUCACGGCUGUCUACAUCCCUCCAGAUGCUAACGUUAGCUUAGCCCUCAGCCACCUCCACAGUGCCGUAAGUAAACAGCAGCGGGCUCAUCCUGACGCGCUCCAUGUA